CUGAGGGUGAUGACGCUUCCACAUUGAAGCCACACGAUUCGAUGUCCUAGUGAAACCUGAUCUCUACUUGCGGAUUUCUCCAGGAAAAAAAAAAAAAAAAAAGAAGGAAAAGAAAAAAAAGCAUCCAGGGCACUUAUGAUCAGCUCAGUUUGUGUUUCCUCCUUCCGCGGGCGCAAGUCUGGUAACAAGCCUCCUUCCAAGUCAUGUUUGAAAGGAGAUAUGGGCAAAAACGAGGACAGCGACAAGAUUGUCAUUAAUGUUGGUGGCAUCAGGCAUGAGACCUACAGGAGUACCCUCAAAACCUUGCCAGGAACCAGACUUUCCUGGCUCACGGAGCCUGAUGCCUUCAGCAACUUUGACUAUGACCCCAAGACUGAUGAGUUCUUCUUCGAUAGGCAUCCUGCAGUCUUCGCCUAUGUCUUGAACUACUAUAGGACUGGCAAGCUGCAUUGCCCUGCGGAUGUCUGCGGACCCCUCUAUGAGGAAGAAUUGGCUUUUUGGGGGAUUGAUGAGACAGAUGUGGAGGCUUGCUGCUGGAUGAACUACAGGCAGCAUAGAGAUGCUGAGGAGGCGCUGGAUAGCUUUGAGACGCCUGAGCCCACUGAGGAGGAGGAAGAUGGGGAUCUGAAAAGACUCUGCCUUCAGGAAGAUGGGAGAAAGCUGGGCUGGUGGAAGAGGCUCCAGCCAAAAGUUUGGGCUCUCUUUGAGGACCCAUACUCUUCCAAAGCUGCCAGGUAUAUCGCCUUUGCUUCCCUGUUCUUCAUUCUCAUCUCCAUUACAACGUUUUGCCUUGAGACCCAUGAGGCAUUCAAUGAGAUCAUCAACAAGACUGAGACCACCACACAAAACAACGUCACCAAGACGGAAAUUAUAUUAGAAGUGGAGACUGAACCUUUCCUCACUUAUGUAGAAGGCAUGUGCGUGAUAUGGUUCACCUUUGAGUUUUUCAUGCGUGUUUUGUUCUGCCCUGAUAAAAUGGAAUUCAUUAAGAGCAGCUUAAACAUUAUCGACUUUGUGGCUAUUUUACCCUUCUACCUGGAGGUUGGCUUGAGUGGCCUGUCUUCCAAAGCCGCCAAGGAUGUCCUAGGUUUUCUUCGUGUUGUCCGAUUUGUUAGGAUCCUGAGAAUCUUUAAGCUCACUCGUCAUUUUGUUGGUCUCAGAGUUCUUGGCCAUACUCUACGAGCCAGUACGAAUGAGUUUCUCCUUCUUAUCAUAUUUUUGGCACUCGGGGUAUUAAUCUUUGCCACCAUGAUAUACUAUGCGGAAAGGAUCGGGGCUGAGCCUGGUGACAUUACUGGCAGCGCACACACCAACUUCAAAAAUAUCCCCAUAGGGUUCUGGUGGGCUGUGGUAACAAUGACAACUUUGGGGUAUGGUGACAUGUACCCAGUGACUUGGUCGGGAAUGCUGGUGGGUGCCCUUUGUGCGUUGGCAGGUGUGCUAACAAUUGCUAUGCCAGUCCCGGUCAUUGUCAACAAUUUUGGAAUGUACUACUCCCUAGCAAUGGCUAAGCAGAAGCUACCAAAGAAAAAGAACAAACAUAUUCCACGGGCUCCUCAACCUGGAUCACCUAAUUACUGUAAACCAGACAUGCAGUCUCCUCAUAGAAGUGCGACAGGAGAUGCCUGCCCCUUAGCUCAGGAGGAAAUCAUAGAGAUCAACAGAGCAGACUCCAAGCAGAACGGGGAUGCUGCCAACGCUGCACUGGCCAAUGAGGAUUGCCCAACAAUAGACCAGGCUCUUUCCCCAGAAGAAAAGUCUCCUGUCACCCCUGGUGCAAGAGAGAGAUACAAUCGCGACCGAGCUUGUUUCCUGUUGUCGACGGGGGAUUUUGCUCAUUCUCCAGAUGGCAACAUCCGCAAAGGUUAUGAAAAAUCCCGGAGUCUAAACAGCAUAGCUGGCAUGAGUGGGAAUACGCUCAGACUGUCUCCUAUCUCUACCCCAUUUGGGUCACCAUCGGCAGUGAGACGCCCGCGGUCUCCCAUUCCCUCCAUCUUAUAGCAUGGACUCAAUCAACUCAUAAGGGGAACCUUAACUAGUAAUAACUACAAAAACAAACAUCAACACUGGCAAAAGAACAAACAUAAGACAGAGACUUUAACAAAUUUUGUUAUUUUUUAAGAGGAUGAUGAAAAUAUAGAUUAUAUGCAGAUAUAUUUAAAAAUAAAAUCAAGUUUGGCUUUUAUUAUAAGAAAAAAAAAAAAGAAAAAAAAAAACAUUUUGCACUUUGCUGAGGAAUAUAUAUAUAUAUAUAUAUAUAUAUAUAUAUAUUAAGAAUAAAAAGACUUUGACAUGACUCCCCCUACCGAAUCAAAUAGCUGUGCUCCAGGAAGAAGCUGUUGUGGAGCAGGAAAUGCUCUUCCGCUUAUGAGACACAAGCCAAAGGAGGUUUCUAUAGGGCGGAGAGGGAUACAAGGGUAUAAUUUUUUUACGAUGAUAUUAAUAUUUAUUGUUCUUAAGAAUUUCCUUCGUGCAGUAUGAAGGCAAAAAUAUGAAAAAAGUUCAAACAAUAUAUAUAUAUAUAUAUAUAUAUAUUUAUAUAUAUAUAUAUAUAUAUAUGAUUCUCCAAUACAUUUUAUUUUAUUUUUAUUUUUUACUUUUUUGGUGCGGGGAGGGGAUCGUCCUUCUUAUUUAUUUCCCUUUCUGUCUUUUUAUUAAACCUUGAUCUUAUACCUAUGGAGCUGCUUUGUGCUUCCUGAUCAAUCCUCACCACCAUACUCAGGAUUUAAUGAGCCAUAUAUCAUAUAUACGAAGAAAUAUGUAUAUAUAUAUAUAUAUAUAUAUAUAUAUAUAUAUAUGCGUAUGUAUGUAUGUGUGUUGUAUGUAUGUACUGUAUGUAUUUUGCUACCCUCAUACCUUCUUACUAUUUUCUGUGCAUGAUCUACUGUUGCAAGCAAUAACAAGUCUGCCUGACUGCAUGUUCCUAAAUUUAAAAAAAAUCCAAUACCUAAUAAUUGAAAUAUGUAUAUAUUGUAACGUAACAUGGUAACAUUCCCAUAGCUAUCUAAUCAUUUUGGUGCAUGGCUCUGUUGACUGGUGUUUUUGUUUUUUGUCAGAAAGCUGAGUCCACUUCUUUCUUUCUCUCUUUUCUCUUUUUGUUUUCCCUCCCUUCCUCUAUCUUUACCUGUGUCACACUCCCUCCUGUCUCCUUCCUCCUUUUCCUUUUUUGUUUUUGUUUUUUAUUUUUUUCUCUCUCGUCCUCACACAGAAAAUUAUAAGGAGAAUCCUGUCCUUGUUCGAUAUAUGCAGGCGGAAGCUGUCACUGUGAAUUAAUUGAUUUCCUCCCAUGUACUCAAUCUCUUUUCGACACCUUGAUUUCCGAGUAAUAAUAAUCAUUUCAAAAAAAAAUUUUUUUUUUGAAAUAACAACACAAAACAGCAACUACUGAAAAAACAAGGUAAUGAAAAAAUAGAAAAAUAAAAACAUACAUAAAAAAAUGUCAAAAAGAAAAUCAAUUCAAAAAGCGAGGGAUGGAAAUCAAUGGUCAUUCCCAAUGCCUAUGGGAUUAUGGUCACAGAAUCAAAUCAGCUGUGAAGAAGAAGAAGAUGUGGAAGAAUAAAGAAACUGGGAAAUUCAAAAAUAAACUGGAUACUUGGAUAAUUCUAUUUUUUAAAUUGGGGUUCUAUACAAGUGGAUUGCACUGGAAUGAUGAGAAGAAUGUUGAUCACUUUGACUAUUUCCAAGGCAGUUCUCUGCUAUGGGUGCGGUAAUGCAUCAACAGGAAAAUUAACAAUACAAGGAAAAGGGACUGGACAGAUGUAACAAAACAAAAAAAAAAGUUGAAAAAUACUAUUUAAAGGUUGCAUUUUCCUAGCCAGCAUGUGUUUGCAUGUUAUACUGUAACAAUGAUAUUUAAUGUUAUAUGCAAAAAAAAAAAAAAAAAGGUAUAUUUUCCUUCCAGA